AGGAGUGUAAGCAAGUGGAUCAUGCAAGCACUUUCUACGACUUUUACUACAAUACAAGGCUUGUCAAGUCAACAAUUGUGCAUUUUCAGGUCAUAAAAAGCGAGAUGGAUGUGGUUUCUGAGCAGUUAAUGGAUGUUCCAUAUGGACCAUAUCUAACGAAUCUUGUGUUGGCUUCUUGUUGGUGUACUUGGGAGUUCAACGAGCCAAGCAAAUAUUGUUCUGCAGCUUAAUAGUUAUGUGUCAUUUGAUUAAUGAGAUAUCUGACUUAGUUUUAUCUUGCAUCUUGGCAUAUAGAUUAUUUGAAAUGUUUUUGUUAUCUACAGCCUUUUGAUGUCUGUUUUAUUUUGUCUCAACGAUGUUUAGAUUGGACCUCUCAUUCUACUACCCUACAAAUAUUGGAUGAUCUAACACUUCACAUGUUGUGUUAUGGUGCAAGUGUCCUUGUCAACUUUGAGCAGUCAUAGGCUUAUGCGUUAAUUUAUUUUAAGUCGUAGAUAGUAGUUUCUUCCUUGUAUGUUUAUUGCUUACUAUAAAUAGCAUUGCUAUCAUUGAUACAAAAUGUGAUAAUGCUCAUGCCAAGCACUCCUCAUCACCGGCCCCACGGUGAGAUGAAGGGAGAUAAAUCAGGUACUGAGUGGCCUCCUAAAUGGGAGUUAUUUGCCGCAGCUGCGACUCGAACCCUUGUCCAUUGAUGCAAGUCUACGACUUGGGUACCAACUCAGCUACGCCCCGGGGGUUUAUUGCUUGAUCAAACAUGGAAACACACUGAGUGGUCAUUCAAUUAAUAGCUUAUCUGAGAAAUUUUGUUUGUUAUUAUGCAACACUGACAAUUUAGCCUUGGUUGCAUUAUCCUUUAAAAUCAUUUGUGGGAAUGCCUGUAUCAAGAUUCAAUCAGUUGUUACUAGGCAUAUGACUUACAGGAGGAUAUUUUAUCCAAUUAGUUGCCGUAAUGUAUGUGCAAUGUAGUGCAAGAAUUGGGAAGUUGACUGCGUUUAGCAACAUUGCCUGAGUGUUCCAAAUACCCACAGCCACUCAACGUAAACAACAUAAUUUUCAAAUUUAAGGAAAACUUAUGUAGGAGCAAUGUAUGUAUGCACCAGUGAGCCAGCAAAAUUUCAUGAUAGAAACUCACAAAUUCUAAAUUUAUUUACUUUUUUUGUAUAAAGAGUGAGUUAAGAUUUGAUUUCUAUCUAACAAAAGUUUAGUGUAUAGCAAGAUCAGGUAAAACGUGUGACAUUUUGUAUAUGCUUAACGUAUAACAGUAAUACUAAUUAAUGUAAUGGCUAUUUAUUUUAGGGAAAAUAAGAUAAAGAAGAAAACAAAUUCCUAAUUUUCUUUUUGGAGCCAUUUUUGUUUGCUUGUCCCAGAUUUUUGUUUAUGAUCUUGUAGAAAUAGCUUCUCCUGAAAGACACGUUGUUGAUGCAGCUGAGGAAUCUAAUAUCGGCGACCUCAAAACAUGAUGUGUACUUGGUUCACGACUAUUCAAUUAUGCAUUGGUCGUCACUGCAAAGAAGUGGGAAAGAGGUGCUCAAUGUAGCAGGGAAAGUUGUUCCCACCAAGAAGCAUUGUGGAUCUUCUCCUCAACUUCUUUCCAGAGUACAAAUAAGUGCAAUGUGUGGAAAUGGCAAGUUAUUAGUUGCCGGUGGAUUUCAAGGCGAGCUCAUCUGCAAGGCCUUAGAUCAACCUGGUGUGGCUUUCUCCACUAAAUUAAACGACUAUGGCGACAUUACUAAUGCAGUUGAUGUCAUUCAGUCUUCGAGUGGAUCUUCUCAAGUGGUGAGUGCUUGCAAUGAUAGCAAUGUGAGGGUGUUUGAUGCUGAGACAUAUGUCCAAGUUGGACGACUAUCUUACUCUUGGUCUGUUAAUAGUACCUCAACUAGUCCAGAUGGAAGGCUCCUCGCCAUUGUAGGAGAUAACAAGGAUGGUCUGCUAGUGGAUCCACAAUCCGGGAAAGUGGUUAGCAACCUCAAAGGCCAUUUUGACUAUUCCUUUGCCUCUGCCUGGCAUCCGGAUGGCUCCAUCAUAGCCACGGGGAGCCAAGACAAAACAUGCCGCUUGUGGGACAUGAGGAAUACUUCUCAUUCCUUGGCCGUGCUCAAAGGGAGGAUAGGAGCGAUAAGAGGCAUAAAGUUCACUUCUGACGGCAGGUUCAUGGCGAUGGCUGAGGCAGCUGACUUCAUUCAUGUAUACGAUGUGAAAGCGAACUUCAGCAGUGCUCAGGAGAUCGAUAUGUUUGGGGAGAUUGCUGGGAUAUCGUUCGGUCCUGAUGCUGAUGCAUUGUUUGUAGGUGUAGCUGACCGCACCUACGGGAGCCUACUAGAGUUCAGGAGGAGGAAGCAUAGCUCUUACCUCGAUUGCUUCCUAUGACGAUGAGGGAAAGAGUAGUUAAGCCUUUCAGUGUAUAGAGUUCAAAGUUUUGUUGAGAAAAUGGGCACAGCUAAAUUCCUCUCCAAUAUAGUAUAGUGACCUUAUAUUAUACAAUCAAACUCUUCGAUCGCGUGCUCAAUUUUUCUGCUAUAUAUUUUUCUUUGAUGUGUUUGAUUCA